UAAGUGCUUAAGUUACAAUAGGGACUGGGUUUCAACGUAUUUUUUAGAAUGGGUGAAGAAAGCCAGGCCACACAAACGCAAACCCAGAAUUCGCAGAUAGAAUGGAGUCAACCUACCACUCCAAGUUGCAUACCGACAAUAUGGGGUAGACUUUAUUCGACGAAACUUUCAUUGAAAGGCAAGCUGUGCUGGAAAGCAUCUAGUUACCCCGAAUACUAUGAUCUCAUACAGCCAGAGUUCAGCCUUGGAAGGGCUCUUUCAUGCACAUUUGUUAUGAAGAAAGAUAUAAUUAAGGAAGAUAUCAUAAAAAAUAUUAGCAAGCAGCAUUUUAUGAUAAGAAGAGACAUGACGGAGCCCCUUAGCCCUGCUAUUAUAACAGACCUGUCCUACAAUGGCACUUUUUUAAAUGGUGAAAAGAUUGGCAAAGGCAAUAGCAGAGUCCUAGAUGACAAUGAUGAAAUUUCUGUGACCCAUCCUGCUGUAAAAAUUUUUAUUUUCAAAGACUUAUUGAAGGAACAGGAUAAAGUGCCAACAGAAAUUUCACAGAAAUACUAUAUCUCGAGGAUUCUUGGCCAAGGGGCUUGUGGGCUAGUCAAGUUAGUGUAUGACAAGACAAAAUGCACCAAGCAUGCCAUGAAAAUCAUAAAAAAAAGCAGAAUGACUAAUGGACAAGUUAAUAAUCUGAAUGACCCAGAGAAAAUCCGGAAUGAAAUAAAUAUUAUGACUGCCUUGAGGCAUCCAUGUAUAAUAUCUACGGAAGCUGUGUAUGACUCGCGUGAAGCUGUGUACAUCAUCCUGGAGCUCAUGCAAGGAGGUGAACUGUUCGACAGGAUAACCAAACAUGGACGUCUGACAGAAAAACUGACCAGAUUCCUGUUCAGGCAAAUGGUGCUAGCUGUCAAGUAUCUGCACUCUGAAGGCAUCACUCACAGAGACCUUAAACCUGAGAAUGUGCUACUAGAGAGCAAAGAUGACGAGACACUGGUGAAAAUCAGCGAUUUUGGCCUGAGCAAGUUUGUUGGCGAGGACAGCUUCAUGAAGACCAUGUGUGGAACGCCACUUUAUUUGGCUCCAGAAGUAUUAAAGGCUAACGGAAGAGGAUAUGGCCCUGAAGUUGAUGUUUGGAGUCUCGGUGUCAUUUUUUUCGUUUGCCUGGCAGGCUACUUGCCCUUUUCAGCGGACUAUUCGGGCAUGUCUCUCCGAGACCAGAUAGUAACGGGCCGAUUUCGCUUCUCCGCGCCCCACUGGGAAGGCAUCAGUCUCCGGGCGAAACAACUUAUGAAGAAAAUGCUGACUGUCCCAGUUGAAAGGAGAAUAACGCUUGACCAAAUUCUGAGGCAUAGCUGGAUGCAGGACGUUGAUGUUAUUAAUAGAGUUGACAGGCUACUGAUUCAAACUGUUCAAGUGAGGCAAUUCAGCCAGCUUUCAGUCUCCUCGAUGAACUCCGACGAAGAGAACAACAGUAACGCAGACAACGUAACUGUCAUAAGACUAGUGGCUAAAGGGAAGCGCGGUCUGAGUGACAGUUUCAGCAGUUCAUGCGAACCUAUCCCGAAGAAAAUGAGGAUAGCGCUGUCAUCUAUGGAUGAAGACACUAGCUCAGCUAAUAGCUUGAGCAGCCCGUGAACCUCAGAAGGUCUGAUAGUAUGUAAGUUUAAAGUUUACCCUAGAUC